AAAAAAAAAAAAAGAAUUUGCAGGAGAAACGGAGUAUAAAAUGUACAGGCGGAUAACUCCAUUUGUACGAGCAUAAUAGCCGUCUGCUCCAAUUUUAAGACCAAAAGACUUUGACUCUGAGUUUGAGACAAAAAAUCGCCAGAGAAGAAAAAGAAUUUAAGCGAUGGCUUUGCAGCUAUGGGAGACUUUGAAGGCCGCUAUAACGGCGUACACGGGUCUAUCUCCGGCCACUUUCUUUACUGUUCUUGCUCUGUUGUGGGCCAUUUACUAUGUAGUAACGGGUCUAUUUGGAUCGUCCGAUGAUCAUUACCAACGGACAAGGGCUUUGCAGGAGCAGACGGAGCUGCUUCCACCUCCGGUUCAGCUCGGCGAGAUUUCCGAGGAGGAACUUAAGCAAUAUGAUGGGUCGGAUUCCAAGAAGCCACUCCUCAUGGCAAUCAAGGGCCAGAUCUAUGAUGUUUCUCAAAGCAGAAUGUUUUAUGGACCUGGUGGACCUUACGCAUUGUUUGCUGGAAAGGAUGCUAGCAGAGCUCUUGCAAAGAUGUCUUUUGAAGAAAAAGAUUUAACUGGUGACAUCUCUGGCCUUGGUCCAUUCGAAUUGGAUGCUUUGCAGGAUUGGGAGUACAAGUUCAUGAGCAAGUAUGUUAAGGUUGGAACCAUCAAGAAGACAGUUCCAGUAAACGAAGGGGAUGGCGGUGGUGAAGCCUCAGGUGCUACAGAAACUGAUGCUAAGCCAGCUGAAGAUGGUCCAUCACAAGGUGUAGUUGCGGGAACAGAGGAAAAAUCCUCUGGUGCUGAUGCUAAGGAGGAGUGAUAUGAUUGGGCUUAGUUGUCGCCGUUUCGAUGGGGUGAUCACUCUUUCUACUGAAGAUGCCGGAAGAUAUUUCCUUUUGUUGUUUGAAUUAAUGCAUUAUGUGAAUCUUAUUCCAUAUAUAAGCUUACGUUGUGCGGAUACUCUUUUAGCAAACUUUCUUCAAUAUUUAGUUCAUCAAAAAUAAGUUGGGAUGUUAAAACUUUGGGGAUUCACUGUUGAUGUAUGCGGCCAGGAAUUACUUUGUUCAACAAAAUUACUAUGUGCUGUAGUUGCAUUAGAAGCUAUUAAAAGAGGUCCUCCCCUUUCUCUCAAUGCA